AUGGCCAUGCUAGACGUCCUCGACCUACCCCAGCUUUACACCAAGCCCUCCGCAGAGGCCCUCCUCGACACGCUCGCGCUCCUCACCACCGGUCCGCGGUCAUGGGAAUACACAAGCACGAGUGAUGAAGCCGGUAAUCGAGUGGAUUCUGGUGAGCCUGUUGUCCAGGUCAACCCAGAGGGCGUCACACGAUACCUCACUACCAUCAUCGGUAGCGGUUUACAAUGGAUUCAAGACGAUGAGGUCAAGGAGCGCAUCUGGGAUCAGGCCAGCGCCCGACUGAGCGAGCGCUCCGGUCGAUCUGCCAUGAGCACCAUGUCUCGCACAUUCCAAAUCCCUACCGCCUCUGAAUCCUUCGAGCUCAAGAUUCACGAGCCUGCUAUGACAGGCGACGAUCUAGGCCUGAAGACAUGGGCUGCUUCAUACAUGCUUGCUAAGCGCCUCAAGAGCUUCAACCUCGUGCUGCCAGAUACACAUGAGAGGCUACAGGUCCUGGAGCUUGGGUCUGGUACCGGUUUAGUAGGAUUAGCAAUGGCCGGCCUUGGCGCAGACGUUGUUCUGACAGACCUGCCCAGCAUUUGCCCGAACCUGGCCUACAAUGCGCAGCAGAAUCGAGAAAUUGUCAGUCUCAAUGGUGGAGCAGUCCGCACAGCUGUGCUUGACUGGACACAUCCCACUCACUGUGAACCUUUGCCAAACGUCAACGGUACUGGCGACAAUCUAGCCAUUCCUGCAAAAUUUCCCUUAAUCUUGGCCGCAGAUUCACUAUACUCUCCAGAUCACCCACGCAUGUUAGUUGAUACCAUUGCCGCUUGGCUUUCUCCGGACAACGACGCUAGAGUAAUCAUCGAGUUUCCAUACAGAGACUGUUACUUGCCUGAGAUCAAGGACUUCCGUCGCCAGAUGCUUGAGCUCGGCUUAGAGAUAUUGGAAGAGGGAGAGGAGAGGGGACGGGAUGACUGGGGACCGUCAGAGACAAGCGAAGAUCCAGAUGAUGAAGCGCUCAACCCUUCUUUCAUCCUCCAAGCCAAGGACAAGCUCACCUACGAAGACCGACCAAUUCCCGAACUCCCCUCUCCAUACGAUGUCAUCAUCAGACCACGAUGGACCGGUAUCUGCGGUUCGGAUGUGCACUACUGGGUUGAAGGGCGCAUCGGUCACUUUGUAGUUGAGAAGCCCAUGGUUCUCGGCCACGAAUCAGCUGGUGUCGUACACAAAGUUGGCGACAAGGUCAAGAGCCUGAAAGUUGGUGACGAGGUUGCUAUGGAGCCCGGUGUGCCUUGCCGCCGUUGCGUACGAUGCAAAGAUGGAAAAUACAAUCUUUGCCCUGACAUGGCCUUUGCUGCCACACCCCCAUACGAUGGCACACUCGCGCGGUAUUACACACUGCCAGAGGACUUCUGCUACAAACUUCCCGAGAACAUGAGCAUGGAGGAGGGUGCGCUUAUCGAGCCUACCGCUGUCGCUGUACACAUCACAAGGCAAGCUGCUAUCAAGCCCGGAGACUCGGUCGUAGUAUUCGGUGCAGGUCCCGUCGGUUUGCUGUGCUGCGCUGUCGCAAAGGCAUACGGCGCAAAGAAGAUUGUGACUGUAGACAUCAACGACGAACGCCUCAACUUUGCACUCAAGUACGCCGCAAACGCAAGCUUCAAGAGCCAAAGAGUGAGCGCACAAGAAAACGCCGAGAAUCUGAUCAAGGAAUGUGAUUUGGGUUCGGGCGCAGAUGUCAUUAUCGAUGCGUCGGGUGCUGAGCCCUGUAUUCAAACCGCCAUCCACGCGCUACGCAUGGGCGGAACAUAUGUUCAGGGUGGCAUGGGCAAACCCGACAUCAACUUCCCCAUCAUGGCCAUGUGCACCAAGGAACUCAAUGUCAAGGGCUCCUUCCGUUACGGCUCAGGCGACUAUCAAACCGCUAUUGACCUCGUGGCUAGCGGACGUAUCUCAGUCAAGGAACUCAUCACCGGUAAGGUCAAGUUCGAUGAGGCGGAGAAGGCGUUUGCAGAUGUCAAGGGUGGCAAGGGCAUCAAGAUAUUGAUCGAAGGCCCUGCUGAGCAGUAA